CCCUGUCUCUUCGUGGUUCAACGAUCCGCAUGACACGGAGCUGACUGACCUGUGUCCGUUCCUCGGGGAUCUCGGACAGGUGGAUGACAUCCGAGGUGUCCUCGAUGGAGCCAGUCUGCCUAUCGUUAUUAUGUGGCCCAUAUGAUGCAGCACUGCCGCUCCCGGCCGCGUCCACUGCCGGUGCUGCACUGCGGAACUAUCGCUCGCUACUGGACAUUCCUCCUCCGCCUCUCGCUGUUCGCCGCCUGUUGUCGUCGCUGCGCUAGCAUCCCUGCACAUAAUCCUUGCUCGUCAUCCAUCGUAAAUACACAGUCAAUUCAGCCCUCGUAUACCCUGCAAUCUAUCUGUCUAGCCCAUUCACCCUCUCUUGGUCGCCUGUGCUCCCAACAGCCUCUUCCACAUCCGUUCCGCCGUUCGGCCCCCAAUAUGGAUUCGUCGCAAAUCAUUGCCCUUGCGUUUUCAGCCGUUUUCCAUACGUGUAGCUUUCCUCCUCAGCUCCUCAAGGUCGUUUCCUAUUUAUGCCAAACACACACUCUUUCAACUCAACGCCGGCCUUCGCGGCGCCGCAACGUCCUCGUUUGCCCAUCCAUCCUUCGUCCUUACAGUCAUCAUUUUUAGAGCAUCUCCCGCAAGUACGCGAUAUACUAUACCCUAACGAAUCGGGACGAACGCGAUGACCAUGUCUAUACACUGGAGCACGUUUCGCCUGCCGUUUCUCUCUACCAUGGUAUUCUUUGGGCAUUGGGGAUCGCUGUACCACCUAACUUACAGAUCGAUUUGUCUUGCC